AUGGGACGACUGAAAGUCAGUAAGAACGUGGUCCUUGCCACCUCGGGCGCCUCCGUUGCUGCGGCUGCCACCAACACGGGUGCUUUUCGCGUCGCCGUCAAACUUGCGCCAUUUUGGGCAGAGGCGCCUGACGUGUGGUUUGCUCAAGUCGAGGCGCAGUUUUCCACGGCACGCAUCACCCAGGACCGGACGUGCUAUGACUACGUCGUCGCCCAUCUAGACUCUCGCUAUGCGGCUGAAGUUCGCGAUAUACUUGCGAAUUCCCCGGCUGAUGACCGUUACCUACACCUGAAGAGGGAACUGAUCCGCCGGCUCUCACCUUCACAAGACGAGAAGGUGCGUAACCUACUCCAGCACGAAGAACUCGGUGACCGCAAGCCAUCACAGCUCCUGCGUUACAUGCGUGACCUCUUGGGCAGCACCCCGGUCGACGACUGCCUCCUCCAUAUCAUCUGGCUUCAGCGUCUACCCCCACAUGCGCAGGCCAUCCUCCAGGCGCAGCCGAAUCUGCCGCUGGACCAGCUCUCUCGCAUCGCUGAUCAAGUCGUCGAGAUUUCGUUGCCAGCAUCGCCUCUCACCGUCAACGCCUUUGACACCAGACAGUCCAGAAGUGAGCUCGCGCGCUGUGUCGACGAAAUCACCAGUCAGCUGGACUGA